AUGGAAGAAGAUAAUAUCAUUAUUGAGGAACAAGAUAGACCAUUUGAAGAAGAACUGAUUCGUAAUCCUCAUAAUGUGAAAUCUUGGCUAAGAUAUAUAAAUAUGAAGACGAGAUCACCACCGAAAGUAGUUUAUAUGCUGUAUGAACGAGCUGUAAAACAAUUACCUGGAAGUUACAAAUUAUGGUAUCGUUAUCUACGUUUACGACGUAUACAUUCACGUUCUCUCUGCCCUGGUAGUAUUCUACAUGAAGAGACAAAUAAUGCUCAUGAAAGAGCACUUGUUACAAUGCAUAAGAUGCCUCGUAUAUGGACAGAUUAUUUAUUGUUUUUAAUGUCACAAGGAUAUAUUACUCGAACCCGACAUGCUUUUGAUAGAGCAUUGAAAGCUUUACCAAUUACACAACAUGAUAGAAUAUGGAAUUUAUACUUACGAUUUGCUGAUAGACAUGGUCAUCAAAUUAAUGAGACAUGUGUACGAAUCUAUCGACGAUAUAUAAAGUUUGCUCCAGAUGAUAUGGAACGUUUUGUUAAUUUUCUUAUUCAACAUGGUAAUGCUAAUGAAGGUGCAGUUGUCUUAUCUGAGAUAAUUAAUGAUGAUACAUUUAUGAGUCGUGAAGGCAAAUCAAAAUUUCAAUUAUGGAAUCAAUUAUGUAAUCUAUUAGUUAAAAAUCCAUUAAAGAUUACAUCAUUAAAAGCAGAUCCUAUUAUACGUCAAGGUAUUCAUCGUUAUACUGAUCAAGUAGGUGUUUUAUGGAAUUCAUUAGCUGAUUAUCAUAUACGUUGUGGAAAUCUUGCACGAGCUAGAGAUGUUUAUGCUGAAGCGUUGAAUAGUGUUUCAACUGUUCGUGAUUUUACUCAAGUAUUUGAUGCUUAUGCUGAGUUUGAAGAAUCUAUGGCAAAAGCUAAAAUGGCAUCAUUAGAUCAAUCUGAUGUUACAGAAGAAGAUGAAUUAGAUGUUGAAUUAUACUUGGCACGUCUUGAAUCGUUAAUGGAUCAUCGUCCAUUAUUAUUGAAUAGUGUUUUAUUACGUCAAAAUCCUCAUAAUGUUGCUGAUUGGUUGAAACGUGUUGAUCUAUUAAAAAGUCAUGGUGCACGUGAACAGAUUUCAGCAUUUAUGGAGGGUAUUACUUCAGUUGAUCCAGCCAAGGCAACUGCUGGUCGUCCGUCAUCACUUUGGACUGGUUUAUCACGUUUGUAUGAAGAACAUGGUCAAUUGAAUGAUGCUCGCGUGGUGCUUGAAAAAGCGACUGGUGUUGCUUUUACACACGUUGAAGAUUUAGCUGCUAUCUGGUGUGAAUGGGCUGAAAUGGAAAUGCGUCAUGAUCAACCUGAAACAGCAUUACGUUUAUUAGGCAAAGCAAUUUCUGCACCAUCACGUAAAAUUGAUUAUUAUGAUCGUUCUGAACCAGUUCAAUCAAGAUUGCAUAAAUCUCUUCGUCUUUGGACAUUGUAUACAGACUUAGAAGAGAGUUUUGGUACAUUUGAAACAACAAAGGCUGCUUAUGAUAGAAUGAUUGAUCUGCGUAUAGCAACUCCUCAAAUUAUUAUGAAUUAUGCCUUAUUCUUAGAAGAAUUGAACUAUUUUGAAGAAGCAUUCAAAGCAUAUGAGAAAGGUGUUGCAUUAUUUCGAUGGCCAAAUGUUUAUGAUAUUUGGGCUACUUACUUGGCCAAAUUUAUUGAACGUUAUGGUGGCAAUAAAUUGGAACGUGCUAGAGACUUAUUUGAGCAAUGCCUAGAGAAAUGUCCUGCGAAAUAUGCCAAAGCUUUACAUUUGUUAUAUGCUCGUCUUGAAGAACAACAUGGACUAGCUCGUCGAGCUAUUCGGAUUUAUGAAAGAGCUACAGAGUCUGUUCUUCCUGAGGAAAAAUUUGAAAUGUUCAAUAUUUACAUUCAGCGUAUUGCAGAUCUUCAUGGUGUAACACAUACACGUUCAGCAUAUGAACAAGCUAUUGAAAGACUACCAGAAGAGCAUGCACGUCAAAUGUGUUUAAGAUUUGCUGAUUUAGAAAGAAAAUUAGGUGAAAUUGACAGAGCAAGAGCUGUUUAUGCCUAUUGUGCUCAAAUGUGUGAUCCUCGAACUGAAACACAAUUUUGGCAAGUAUGGAAAGAGUUUGAAGUGAUGCAUGGGAAUGAGGAUACAUUACGUGAAAUGUUACGUAUUCGGCGUAGUGUUCAAGCCACCUAUAAUACACGUGUCAGUUUUGUUGCUAGUCAACUGCAAAGUAACGAAGAAUCUGCUGCUACUAAUGUCAAUAGUGCCGAUGAAAUGCAAAAAUUGGACAAAUCAUGCGUUGACAAUGUUACCAGUAAGAAUACAGAUGAAUAUAAACCAAAAUUAGCUGGUCGACCAAUGGUCGUUUUUCAGUCAGCAGGUGUCAAGCAACUUGGUUUACAUAGUCAGAAACAAGAAGGCAAUCAGAAGGCUAGUACUAAUAUUGAAGAGAUUGACAUUGAUUUGGCAGAUGAAGACAAUGAUAAUGAUGAUGAUGACGACGACGAAAAUAGCACAGGUGUACCAAGUAAAAGACGAAGAAGAAAUGAUCCAGACGAUGUAAACAUUGAAAAUCAACCUGUCCCAUUGACAGUUUUCGGCAGCUUGAAAAAUGAAGAUGUUGAGGAUGAUUAA